AUGCCGCCCCGCUCUCUUUGCGAGCUGUCAGCCAGCGCCGUCGCGAUUCCGGCUGCUGCAGCGGGUAGCGUGGGAUUCAACGUGACGGCCACCAGGAACCACGUCGGCCUCGACUUAGCGUGCAAGCCCCUGGGAAGUCGACCGGACAUCGCAGCGCUCCUUGCCGCCAAUCCGAUCCAAUUUGGCACAUCUGUCGAUCCCUCCUCUGCCUCCAAGCGCAACCGCGUGUUCUGUGGCUCGAGCCUCAUGCAGCAUGCACAACCGCUUUCCGCUAUUCCGUCCCGCUCGGAUCCCUCUGUCUCGCACCACCCGUGCCGGUGA